AUGGUCACGACUGGUAUUUCUUUUUUUAAAUAAAGGAUGGUCAUGAUUUCAACGCUUUUAAAAGGGAGAAUUGUUUGGGCUAGAUUGGCCUUAAAGAAAGAGGGGCAGUCCGAGAGUCGCUCGUUUUGUGUGUCAUCAUGUCUUUCCGUACUGAAUGUACUGACCGGAGUUAUUUUCGAUUUCGAGAAUUUUCAGGAAAUUUCCAACAGGUGGCGCUAUAGGAGUACAUGAAAAGUCACCGCCCUUUAGUUGGAAUAGCUUCCGAUACAUAAAGUUGCGAUUGAGUUUUUAUUAAUUCUCGUGUGGAAUAUUUCUUAACGAUACAGACCCUAAUCACUUUUCUAGGAUUUUCGACUUUACCCUUUAAACAAAUAAGUGCUAAUUUUACUGAGUGAUAACGGAUUUAGAUUCAGGUAAUUUCUUUGAUAUAAUGACUACUACAGAUGCUCGAUGUGUAAGUGUAACUGGCGAUCAGAAUCGUCGACCAAUUGUGGAAGAUUUAAUGAAUUGUUUCCAUAAAUAUGAUAUGACGCAUAAAAAGCGAGGUGUAGCCUACAUCUUCAACAAUGAAAAUUUCGAAGACCCGAACCUUAAACCUCGUCAUGGCUCAUCAAAAGACACAGAAGAUUUUAAAAACGCAUUAAUGAAACUUGGGUUCGAAGAAGAUGAUAUCAAUCUUUAUACAGACGCAACAAUCCAAGAAAUGCUCGACGCUUUGGAUCUUUUUGGCAAAGAAAAUUCCGAUAUUGAUAUUGAUUGCUUUAUUUGUGCAAUUUUAAGUCAUGGUGGAUCAGACGAUAUUAUCCAUGGGUUCGACGGUCCAGUGGAGCUAGAAAAAGUGCUUUCUUGCCUGAGACCCGAUCGUUGUAAACUUCUCACAGGAAUACCUAAAUUAUUCUUUAUUCAAGCGUGUCGUGGAACUACACCUGAUAUGGGAAUCGAAAAAAAUGAUGCUGAUUACAUAGAUCAUGAAGAAAGGUCACCUAAAAUUCCAAUAAUGGCAGAUAUGUUGGUUGUUUAUUCAUCAUGUAAUAAAUAUCCUUCUUUCAGAGAUGAAAAAGAUGGCUCGUGGUUUAUGCAAGCUUUAAGUAAAAUUUUGACAGAAUAUGGCACUCAGUGUGAAAUUUUGAAACUUUUAACUGCUGUCUCUAACCGUGUUGCCGCUUUAGGCUUCCGAAGUUCGGCUAAUCCGGAAUACAAUGGCUGUAAACAAAUGCCUCACAUUAUGUCGACAUUGAUUAAAGAACUAAAGUUUGAACAAAAAAAUUAAAUGCACACACACACACACACGUAUAUAUAAAAAGUUCGUAUAUCUACAAAUACACAAACACUACUUUUACAUAUAAUAUCUAGGUCAACAAUGUUACAUUGAUAAAUGUAAUAUUUUAAACUAAUUAAUUUCUAUAAUUGUUAAUAUGUUUUAAAACUUGAUUUGGUUUCAUAAAUAUCCUGUACCCUUUUAACGUGUUUAACUAAAACUAUUCUCUACCAUUCAUUUGUAAAAAAAUACACUUGCCCUACUUUUGUAAACAUACGGAUAUAUAAACGAAAUAGACAUGAAGGGGUGCUGAAAAGUUGCUGGCUUUGGGUAAAAGGAAAUACAAGUGGACCAGUUUAUUAUGAUUUUAUUCAACAUAUUCCCCCUCUCAGAUCCACACACUUAUUGCAGCAGACCUUCAGUUGGUCCAGAUGGACUAUGUGUAAUCUGAACCUUUCCCCCCUUGUUUUUUUUGUUUUUUUUACGAAAUCCCACGUUUUAGGCUAUGGAGAUUCCGAUUCUGAAAAAAGAUUUUCAAAAAUCUCAAUUUCAAAAUUUCGAUUCUCCCCACCUCCGGUUUUUAUAUAGAUCCACAGGGUAAACCUAACCCUAACUCAAACCCUAA